CUAACGAACACUCACUCCUCCUCGUCUUCUUCAAAGCAUUCUUCAAUCUUCAAACCCGUUUUCUCUCUCUCCAAAUGGGUUGUUCUACCGAAGGAGGUGGUUGCAAAAUAACCAAGGAAAAUGUAGCAUCCGCCGCUCAAAAACCUCCGGCAAUCCCCGGCGGUUUCAUUAGUAUUUCUCGAACAAGAAAGAAGAUUCUUCUCCAAAACCUAGAAAUCAACUGUGGAACAAAAUCAUGGGUUGAUUCCAUGAAAGCUUCAUCUCCAACUCAUGUCAAUUCUACUUCUCCUCUUUCUCAAGAUCUCCAAACUAACUGGAUUGAGAAACAUCCAUCAGCCCUAGACAUGUUUGAUCAAAUAAAAAAAACAUUUAAAGGAAAACAAAUUGUCAUGUUCUUGGACUAUGAUGGAACUCUAUCUCCCAUAGUUGAUGAUCCCGACAAAGCCUUCAUGUCUGAUGCCAUGAGAUCAACAGUUAGAAAACUUGCAAGAAAUUUCCCCACCGCCAUAGUCAGUGGUAGAUGCAGAGAUAAGGUAUAUAGUUUUGUCAAAUUAUCUGAGUUGUACUAUGCUGGAAGUCAUGGUAUGGAUAUUAAAGGCCCUUCCAAAGGUUCCAAAUACAACCAAACUCAGGAUGAUGGGUCGGUUCUAUUUCAACCCGCCAGUGAAUUGGUACCAAUGAUAGACGAGGUAUGCACGACACUGAUGGAGAAAACAAAAUCGAUUGUUGGAGCCAUGGUCGAAAAUAACAAGUUUUGUGCAUCCGUCCACUUUCGUUGUGUGGAUGAAAAUAAAUGGAGUGAACUUGCACAUCAGGUUAGGUCAGUGUUGAAGGAGUAUCCAAAACUUCGAUUAACCCAAGGAAGGAAGGUAUUGGAGAUCCGUCCAAGUAUAAAAUGGGACAAAGGGAAGGCCCUUGAAUUUUUGCUUGAAUCACUUGGAUAUGCCAAUUGCGCAAAUGUCUUCCCGAUUUAUAUUGGAGAUGAUCGGACAGAUGAGGAUGCCUUUAAGGUUUUGAGGGAAAGGGAAGAAGGGUUUGGUAUUUUGGUAUCCAGAACUCCCAAGGAAACAAAUGCAGCAUACAUUUUACAAGACCCUUCUGAGGUGAUGGAGUUUCUAAAAAAGUUGGUUAAAUGGAGGAGAAUGACAAUGAAAUCACAACACUUGAAUAAGCUUAGAGAACGUCUUCAAGAUCAGCUCAAAGUCUCGUCGAGUCUCAGCUAGCUCUUAACAAACGUCAAACCCUAGAGCGAACAUGGAAUCUUCCUACUACUAUGUGAAUAACUUAUGACUUGUUAAGGUCCGGAGUGUAUCAACCCUUAAACUCGGGGAUAUAAAUAUAUAUAUGUAAAUUUUAAGAAAUUAGAGGCAAGUAAUUAUUUCCUCUAAUGUUUAUCUUCUAUGUAAGUGCUAGCUAGUUAGCUAGCUAUCAAGGCCUAUUAUUAUAAGUUGGCAUGCAUGCAAGUGGUGACAAAAAAAACAUUGCACAAAAAAUUUCAUAUAAUAUA